UCAAACAAACAAACCAACCAAAAACCCUGUGUGCAAAACUCCCUCUUCGUGGCCUUUCUUCCAUACACUCAUGGCUUCUUCGCCACCAUUUCCACUUCUUUCUAAGCUCUAAUUUACCCUCUACACAUGCAUACAAUAUUCAUAAACAAAAUAGAUGGACGUAAGAAGAUUGAAAAUUCCCAAAACGAUAACUAUAUUUUCACAUAUUAAACGCCCAUUAACCUGUGUGAUUUACACUACUUCUUCUUCAGAUUCAUUCAGUGAACAAAUAAACCAAACCCCAUCAACAAAAAAUCCAAAACGAAUUGCAGAAAGGAAAAAUCAAAAGGGAUUUGAUUUGAAUUUGCGUAAAUGGGUUGUUUCAGUUCUUUCAAACCCACCUUUAGAUUCGUUAAAGAUUAAAGAUUUGAUGACCCUUUUGAGUCCUGAACAAUUUGAUUUAAUUUUCUUGGAAAUUCAUGGCAAUUUGAAGGCAUUGACUGUUUUGAAAUUUUUUCAUGUAGCUUCUGGUUCAUGUGGUUUUAAGUUUAGUGUUAGAUCUUAUUGUGUUUUGUUUCGUUUGCUUGUUGCGUCGAAUCAUGAUGUUCCAGCUAGGUUGUUAUUGAUAAGGUUAAUUGAUGGGAAAUUACCUGCAUUGUUUGAUGGGAAAGAAAAAAGGUAUGUCGAGAUUGCUGUUUGUUUAGCGGAGUUAAGUGUUGGGUCGGAUUUUGUUGUUGCGGUUAGAACAUUUGAUGUUUUGGUUCAUUUAUGUUGUACUCAAUUUAAGAAUGUUGGGUUUGAUGCUGUGUUGGAUGUGUUUAGGUUGUUGGCGAGUAGGGGGUUGUAUCCUUCGUUGAGAACUUGUAACUUUCUUUUGAGUUCUCUAGUGAAAGAGAAUGAGCUUUGGAAGAGUUAUGAGGUUUUUGGGGUUUUGAAGGAUGGUGUUAAACCGGAUGUUUACUUGUUUAGUACCGCGAUUAAUGCCUUUUGUAAAGGAGGGAAGGUGGACGAGGCAAGGGAGUUAUUUCGGAAGAUGGAAAAAAUGGGUAUUGUUCCAAAUGUUGUUACUUAUAAUAACCUUAUUCAUGGGUUUUGCAAGAAUUGUAAUUUAGAAGAUGCAUUUCUUUUGAAGGAAGAAAUGAUAUUAAAUGGUGUAAACCCGAGUAUAUUCACGUAUAGUAUUCUUAUUAAUUGUUUGAUGAAACUUGAGAAACUUGAUGAAGCUGAUUGUGUGUUGAAAGAAAUGUCAAACAAAGGGCUUGUUCCGAACGAGGUGCUGUAUAAUACCAUCAUCGAUGGUCAUUGCUCAGCAGGAGAUAUUCAGAAAGCUCUAAAGGUAAGGGAUGAAAUGCGAACUAAAGGAGUUCUCCCCAACUCAGUUACUUGCAAUUCACUGAUCAAAGGUUUCUGCAAGGUAAAUCAAGCUAGUCAAGCUGAAGAACUAUUAGAGGAGAUGUUAUUACAUGGAUUGAGUGUAAAUCCUGGUUCAUUCAGUAAUGUUAUCCUUGUACUGUGUACGAAUUCUAGGUUUGUUGCCGCACUACAGUUAGUUAAGGAAAUGGUAUUAAGGCGUUUGAGGCCAAAUGAUGGGUUACUGACCACAUUAAUUAGUGGGCUUUGCAAAGAAGGAAAACAUUCAGAGGCAGUUGAGCUUUGGCAUAUGCUGUUAAUGAAAGGGCUCACUGCCAAUACAGUGACUUCAAAUGCUCUAAUUCACAGGCUUUGUGAAGCUGGUAAAAUACAAGAGGCUGUUUGGCUGCUGAAAGCAAUGCUAGAAAGUAAUGUUCAAAUAGAUAGCAUGACUUAUAACACUCUUAUAUCUGCAGUUUGCAAAGAGGGAAACUUGGAUGGCGCCUUUAUGUUGAGAGAAGAAAUGGUGAAGCAAGGAAUUGCAGCCGACGUUUCAACUUACAAUGUGCUGCUACAUGGGCUUGGUGAGAAGGGUAAAAUAGAUGAAGCUCUGUUGCUCUGGCAUGAAUGUCGAAGCAAGGGACUUGUCUGCGAUAUUUAUACCUAUGGAGCCUUAAUUAAUGGUUUGUGCAAAGCUGGCAAACUUGAAAAGGGAAGAGACCUUUUCCAUGAGAUGCUCAGACAUGGGUUAGCCCCAAAUUUAAUUAUUUAUAACACUCUUAUUGGAGCUUUUGGUAAAAAUGGAAAUGUUAAAGAAGCCCUAAAACUUCGCGAUGACAUGAGAAGCAGGGGUAUUCUACCAAAUGUUGUCACUUAUUCCUCUCUUAUACAUGGCAUGAGCAAUAUCGGGCUUAUUGAGGAUGCUGAGAACCUUAUUGAUGGGAUGCAUACGGAGGGAGUUCCACCUGAUGUUGUUUGUUAUACUGCAUUGAUCCGUGGUUAUUGUAAGUCUGGUCAGAUGGAUAAAGCGAGGAGCAUUUUGCAGGAAAUGUCAUCACACAAUAUACAACCUAAUAAAAUAACUUAUACAACCAUUAUUGAUGGGUAUUGCCAGGCCGGUAAAGUUAAAGAAGCUAAGGAGUAUUUUGCCGAGAUGGUACAGAAAGGAAAUAUUCCUGAUUCUGUCACCUAUAACGUUUUGACAAAGGGGUUUUUAAAGGAAGGGGAAACAGAAGAAGCCUUUUCACUUUUGGAUCAUAUAUCCCAUACAGGAGUUGGUUUAGAUGAAGUUACAUAUACAUCUUUAGUGAAUUUGCUUCUCCAGAGAUCAGCAAGUGCAAACCAAGAAUGAAUUGACCUGGCACAAGGUUCACACUCAUCUGGUUGAACUGUUUGCUACCUCACGUUUUUAAUGCAACACAGCUAUAUACUUGUCCAACUCCCUAACCUAAAGCGGCACUGGGAUUGGACGGCAGGGAACAGUAGCAUGGGGGGACGUCUAAUCCUUUUGUCGCCGCAAGGCUGGCUAAUCUUAUGUUGAGCACAGCUGAACAAUUAAAAAGCACCUGUCUGUCUGCUUUUCUAAUGACACAAUGGAGUCAUGGCAACAUCACACGUCUGCACAUUGGGUUAGACUAUCAUCUUUGGAACUUAAAUGUUUUCCUCUCAAUUAUAGCCUUUUUUUGCUUAUUCCUUCUUGUUUUUUGGAAAAAGGGGUUGUGUCAAAAUGCUAAACUUUUAUAUGUGAUUUCUAAGAGGUAGAGGCCUCAUCCUAGUA